UUCAAAGAUUCAGCGCAAUUCCGCCGCUGCCGUCAGCUGGACUUCCGGGUUUGGCUUGUUUAUCUAUACUCAUCAUGGCUGCAGAGGGCGAUUUUUUGGCGAGAUAUAGAUCCGUGUCAAAUAAACUGAAAAAACGUUUUCUCCGGAAGCCUAAUGUAGCUGAGGCAAGUGAACAGUUUGGUCAGUUGGCCAAGGAGCUGAAGCAGCAGGACUGCCUUCAGUAUGCUGCCUUCUGUAACCUGGCCAUGGCCCGGUGUGAACAGACUCUCUUUAAUGCUCCUGGAGAGGCGCUGGCGUUGACUGAUGCUGCACGUCUUUUUCUUUCAUCUGAGAAGGAGAGCAGGUCCCUGCAGGCACCGGGCUUUGAUGAGCACCUUCAGGCAGCACUCAAUUGCUACAGUUUUGCCAUUAAGGUGUAUAUUGAGAUGAACCAGCCUGUGAUGGCAGCUAGCCUGUGUUUGGAACUUGGCAAUGCACUUAAGGAGAUGAACAGACCAGGGGAGGCUAUUGUUCAUUAUCAGAGAGCUGCAGAGUUACAGACACAGACUCCAACUGAAGCUCUGCUAUCAAUGGGAGAAAUGGCCACAUGUAAAAUUCUAACCCGUGACUAUGAUGGAGCUUUAUCAGUAUUCACAGAAAUGCACCUGAUUUGCCAGGAGAGAGGACUGCAGCUCCCGGACAUCACCACCCCGAUUGGUGCAUUUCUGGACAUUAUAGCAAAAUGUGAGAUAUCCAGAGUACUACUGUUGAUGUUGCUUGAGCCUCCACCUCAGAAGUUGUUACCAGAACAUGCCCAGACUCUUGAGAGAUAUGCAUGGGAGUCCUUUGACCCACACAGCCAAGUGACCUUCCUGCCUGAGAAUGUUUUCCUGCUACUGCAGUCAGUAGUGAUGGCAUGUCAGGAGAAAGACACAGAGUCCCUCAAGUCUCUUCAGACUGAGCUAUGGCCAUUUCUGACUGCUGAACAGAACCAUCUUCUCCACCUGGUGGUUCAGGAACGCAUCACACCAUCUGGUCAAGGCAUUUAGUACAGUUCAGUUUUUACUCUCUUCCUCUGGGAACAAUACUUUAUAGGAUGGAACAUUCCUGUUUUUGAAUGGGUCUGUUGUAAGACCUGAGGAAAAGUUGUUGUAACAACAUUAGAGUAAUGCUGUCCUUGUAUUGUGUGAACAUUUAUGCGACGUUAUGUCAAUCUUUAUUUAUAUGCUCUUAUAUCACUGAAUGCUACAAAACUGGACCACAUCCGAUUUAUUUAUAAUGUUAAAGUGACUGUUUGAAUUGAGUAGAAUGUAUCUUAUUUUCAGCGGUGUAAUAGAUAAACAUGAAUGCUUUGUGUUCUAGUUAGUUUUAUUAAUAAAUGUCUUGGCUUAAAUUCCAAACAUAAUUACAAACAAUACCACCUGUUGCAUAGUUCUUAAAUAUGCUGACAUGAAACGUCCUCGUCCUCAAUCCCUGGUUCAGAUAUGCUCACUUGUACAAAUGUAUGUACUUUUCUUAUGAUAGCAGCCAACUACAGUCAAAAAUCAAACAUGGUUAAUAAAAAAUGCUCAGUACAAAAGGCUUCAUAUAUUUAAAAUAUAAUGAUUACAAUGUACAUAGAUUUAAAAAGGGAUAAACUAUACUUCAGUGGUAAUAAAGAAAAGCAAACUAAAAUAAAAAAGCAAAGUUUGUCUUUCCUAACCGUUGAAGUACUACAACAGGAACAUGGUAGUUUUGCCAAAAUGCUGUUAUCUGGAAACCAGCAGUAGUAACUCAGCCUCAUAACAUGAUAAAAUCAGAUGACAAGAACAAAAUUCAUUGCAUUGUGUUUUUAACAACAGCCUCUCCAAGAGUUGAUUUUUAGUUAUUUCUUAUGGAUGGCAUAACCUUUCUCACAGCACUUUGACUCAUAUAAGAUUAGAUUUUUUUCACUUUCUGGCUGAGUAGUAGAUAAAAAAAAUUGACACCACACUCUCAUAAUGCAGUAAACAUGAAACUUAAACUCAUCUUAGCAGAAAGGCUAGAAAUCAAGACGGCCAAUCUGGUCCAAAUGUUACAAUGUCUCCUAGUACGGAAUUUGACAUAUUUCUCCUUUGCUGUCAGUUAAGGAAUAGUUUCACAUAUAACCACAUCUUGUAAUUUUUUACACUAUGAAUUAAAAAAAGAGGUUGUUGAAUUUAGUAGAGUUAAUCUGCCCAAUAUCUGGUCGUAGCUUCAUGACUAAUAGACAUGAAAAUAGUGUUAAUCUUGUCAUCUCAUUGCAAAACAAAUGUCCUUUAUUGUACUGAUGGAUAUAGAUUUCAAACUUCUUUGCACAACAUCAUGACCACCUGCCUAACAUUGUGUAGAUCUCCUGUAUUCC